AUGAAUGGGGACCUCAGUCUAUCGAGGGCCCUUGGAGGAUUACGAAUAGCCAAUCCAGACGACACCGAUGCCUCACCAAACACAGCCCAAGAUGCCGACACUCCCUUGCGGCCGACCGACCAUCAGCCUGAUCACCAAUCCGACGCUGGCCUAGCGCCUCUAGACGACCCGACCGCACAACGAGCCACGACGCCUUACAGAUCAACCCCAACAACGUCAGACAGCCUCCUACCCCCCAUAUCCAACACACAAGCGCCUGAGGGCCCAUCCUCUGCCUACGACGGCUCGCCUAGCCACGUCGAAUCCCAUCGAACAAGCCCUAGCGCCGCGAUGCGAGCAGAUGUCUACCGCCAGCCCGUCUCGCCAUAUUCAGACCUCGACAGAGCCCCCGAUAGUCGCACCUCGGCGUCUCCGACCCAACGCCCCAUCUCUGGACUGUACAGUCAACCCUCCAUGGUACAAGAAGAUGGUCGGGCACCCCAUCUGGCGCACCCGCAGGCCGACCGGUCACGGAACUCGGUCUACGAAUUGCUUGCAAGGCAAGACUCUAGGAUUGCUUCAGGCUACCAAGGGGGCUCAACGCCGACGAGAGAGCUGAGCCACAGAGAGCGCUCUUCUAAUCCCGCUCGCCAAUCCGAGCUGCCGCCCAGCUCUAGUCCUCUGCCCCCACGGAGAAGCUCCAAAGGGAUGGCUGGUGGCUACGUCUCGGCAGCUGCAGGCCCGCGAGAUCCAUAUGGUCCCGAGAUGCCGCUGCCAAGUAGCAGCGAGGAGUGGAAAGAUCGCGGUGCCGCUGUCGGGGUGCGAAGAGAAACAGAUGCGAACGGCAAGACGGUCAUUCGGCACGUGAAGAAAGGAGUCAGGGACUUCAGCUUCGGCCGCGUGCUCGGAGAAGGCUCGUACAGUACCGUCUAUUUGGCAACCGACCGACAGACGCUCAAGGAGUACGCCAUCAAAGUCCUUGAGAAGAAGCACAUUAUCAAGGAGAAGAAGAUCAAGUACGUGAACAUAGAGAAGAACACCCUCAAUCGCCUUACUGAACACCCUGGAAUCGUACGACUGUACUACACAUUCCAAGACGAGGCCUCUUUGUACUACGUUCUCGAUCUUUGCAACGGCGGCGAGCUUCUGGGAGUGCUCAAGAAGACAGGCUCCUUUGAUUUGGAGUGUACGCGGUUCUACGGCGCCCAGAUUCUGGAUGCCAUUGAUUACAUGCACUCCAGGGGGGUGAUUCACCGCGACCUGAAGCCGGAGAAUGUCCUUCUGGACGAUCACAUGCACGUCAAGAUUACCGACUUUGGCACGGCCAAGCUGCUCAAGGAUCCGAGAGAGGCGCAGACCGCUGGAGAGGGCGCGAGAGGACUACCGGAAAACAGCCGUGGAGACGCCGAAGACGACAGCCGAGCUGCGUCGUUUGUGGGGACUGCUGAGUAUGUCAGUCCCGAGCUUCUGACUAGCAAAAACGCCUGCAAGGCAAGCGACCUUUGGGCAUUCGGCUGCAUAGUAUACCAGUUGUUGGCCGGUCGUCCGCCAUUCAAGGCCGCAACAGAAUAUCUCACGUUCCAAAAGAUUGUCAACCUAGAGUACGACUUUCCCGCCGGCUUUCCACCAGCAGCCCGGGACCUGGUUGAGCGAUGCUUGGUCCUGGAUCCGGCGCGUCGUCUCACGGUCGAGCACAUCAAGAACCACGAGUUCUUCGACGGACAGCAGUUCGGCAAAGGUCUGUGGAGGACCAAAGCUCCGCGCCUGCGGCCCUACAACCCUAUCCCCCAGGAACCGACUGUGAUUCAACUUAAUGGCUCGGCCAACAGUCCCAACCCUGUCAACACACCUAGAAGCUCUCAACCGCAGAGCUCGGCUAUGAACAGCAGUUCUCGACCGGCCAGAAUCAUUACCGAGCUGCCGCCCCCGACCCAACUGGACAUUGAAUGGUCACCAGUGCUGACGAAGAAUAACGAGAGGAUUCUCAAACUCGGCGACCUGAUGGUCGUCUCGAGUCCACUACCCGCCGGCGGUCACAGCAGGGGUGGCGAGCAUGGCGAGGGGCACAAAAAGCUGUCCAGGUUUUUUGGUGGCAGCACAACGAAGAAAAGACAGCGGCUAGUUAUGGUGACGUCGAGUGGUCGCAUUCUGCUGGCACCCGCCGGUGGAGAGGAAAAACGCGCCAAACAGGAAAUAUCACUACUUGCGCCUGACUGCUCGUGGAGAACCCAACUCGACGUAAAGGGGCAAACUGUCUGGUGCGUUGAUGCGGUAAGUAUCCUGGACAAAAAGUCUCGCCGCUCAUCUAAGAUCCGACAGGGUGGCGUCCACUAUACGUUUGAGGAACCCAAAGGCAGUUCCAACUCUUCAGAGAACGGCUCAACGGCCAACGACUGGAUAGAGUCUCUGGAGAGGGCCAAGGAACUGGCACUGUCUCAGAACCCUACAGGCUCUUACGCUGGCGACAAUGGCUUCGACAUGUCCUCGGCAGUCUCGAGUCCGUCAAGUACUCUUGGUGGGCGAGCGGGUGCUUACCCCGACGGCUUCAGCGUCAGCGAUCGGUCCGGUCGAAAUCACUUAAGCAAAAGCCAGGCCAGUUUGGAAGAAUCAGCCUCCAAUACCAAGCGUAAUCGUUUCAGCAAACGGCAGUCCAAGAACGGACUGGGCCAGCAAUUCUGA